AUGGAUAGAAUCCCUUCGCCCUCGUUGCGAUCACCACCGAAUAUGGCUCGGAGAUGGGUACGGCGCAUGGAGCGCUAUUGCUGCGGUGCCCUCACCUAUUUUCCUCUCGCCUUUGUCUACGGGGUCACCACCUGGGCUGUAUGGGUUGUCGUUAAUAUCGGCUCCAGUGCUAUGUCAAAACCUGGUUGGAUAGGAACUAAAACCUCUUUCGGCGGCGUCUUUCUCUACGUAAUGCUUAAUUGGUGCUAUACCACCGCCGUCUUCACGAAUCCCGGUAGCACCACCAACGAUCACGGCUAUUCCACCUUACCUACCACCGCCCCGCCUCAAGCUACCUCUUUCACCGUCAAGGCCAACGGCGAGCUGCGCUUCUGCAAGAAAUGCCAGGCCCGAAAACCCGAUCGCGCGCAUCACUGCUCGACCUGUCGCCGCUGCGUCCUGAAGAUGGACCACCACUGCCCCUGGCUAGCCACUUGCAUAGGCCUACGAAACCAUAAAGCCUUUUUGCUAUUCCUAAUAUAUACCACCAUAUUCUGUUUUUAUAGCUUCGCCGUUUCUGGGACCUGGGUAUACGCCGAGCUAUUCGCACAAACUCAAUACACUAAUACUCUUAUGCCUGUCAACUUCAUCAUGUUAGCCGUCGUCUCCGGGAUUAUCGGUCUCGUCGUCGGCGCCUUUACUGGUUGGCACAUCUUACUCGCGAGUCGGAACCAGACAACUAUCGAGUGUUUAGAGAAGACUCGGUAUCUAAGCCCGCUACGGAAGACGCUACAGCACCAGUUCGAAGCACAACACAACGGCGAGGGCAUCCCCUUACACAGAUACGGUCAGCAAUUACUCGAUAGCCACGCGAAUGCGCUACCCGGCAUUACCAGGCCGGAAGAGGGCGAGGCGACGGCACCCGGAGAUGACGAUAUGCCGCAGCAGUUAUCAUAUCAGCAGAUGGAACAGUAUCGCGCGAGGAAGCGGUAUGAAGAGUAUAUGGACGAGCAGGAUUCAGAGAAACUACCAAACGCGUUCGACCUUGGUGCCAGGCGAAAUCUAUUACACUUAUUCGGCCCUAAACCCGCUCUAUGGUUCUUCCCGAUUAUUAACACGACAGGUAACGGCUGGACCUGGGAAGUGAACCCCAAAUGGAUAGCAGCGCGGGAACGGAUAGCCCGAGAGCGCCAGCAGCAGCGACAGCGGGAACUAGCCGCCGGAUGGGGCGACCCCGACCCCGGAUUCGUCCCGAUUAGGGUCGAGAGAGCCAGUGGAGGUGCCGGGAGACACUACCGAGAACCGCCGCCGCCACCACCACAACCGCGGCAUCAAAGUCAACAAAAUGGCGGCCGACGCGUCCCUUCCAAGGCGGAUCGCGUGUUGGGCCGUGAUCCAAACUUGUACGUAGACGAGCCGCCUAACUCGGUAUCGAUGCGGACGCUAAACCGGCAAGGCGUGGCGAUCAAAGAUGAGUUCGAGGAGGAGAUUAGCAGCGAUGAAGAUGACUGGAAGGAUAAGGCGGGCGAGGAGGAUCCAGAAACGAAGGCGAUGAACGUCGUUACGAACGGCGGAUGGGCGCGAAGCGGCGCGAGUGGAUUAUUAGGCAAGCCGGGCGCGGGAGUGAGGAGUGAUAGUAGCGGGAUUAAGACGAGCGCACCCCCGGUAAAAUGGGCUACGAAGGAGCAGAGUAGUGAUGAGCAUGAUGUCGAUUAG